AUGUCUCUCGCCGUGGACAACGGUCACCGACGGGACCGGUCGAGAUCAACGUCUAGGAGUCGUCGUCCUGGGGACAAGCCCGAGCUUUCUAGAGCCGCCUUGCUGGCUGACGUGAGAGAAUCAAGCUACGUGUAUCCCGAGGACGACCUGGGCGAUCGCUACAGGUCCAAGAGCCAUCGUGACUCUUCCCAUGGCGGCGGCGUUUGCGAUUUGCCAUACCCCGCCGAAGAUGCUGGUGCCGAUGCCAUGGCCCUCCCCGGAAGUCAAUCCCUCUACAGCUACGACGACUCCCGUCCCGUCUACCGGACAGCCUCCCCCCCACCUGGAACCACGGCGUACCGCACCUCCCACGGCUACGCAGAUCGCCAGAGCAUCAACCACCUGCCCGGGGCGUUCCCUGAUAACGAGCCCGUGAAGAGAGACGACGACAAAGAUGGUCGGGUCCGUUAUGCCGACCCCGGCGCGUCCAGGUACCAGAGGAUGGAUCGCUCCUACGACGAGACGAGCCACGGUCAGGACGCUCGAACCAUGCGCUCCGGUAAGCAUAGCGAUCAGUAUUCAAGCAGAGACGGCGACAAUCUUCGAGUGCACGACGCGUCUCCCUUUAGGGACGGCAGGGACGGCAAGCACGCCGGGAGCUCCCGAGAGGACUUUGCCGACGACAAACUCCACCUUCUUCCGCAAAAGUACGGCCGCCGCUACGACGACGGCGGCGGCGACGCUGGUGCUCAUCGUGAGGACCGGUACUCGAGAACGGACAGGGCGAGCGACCACGACCACGAGCGGGAGCGGGAGCGGGAGCGGGAACGGCAACGGCAGCGGCAGCGGGAUGCUCGCUCCAAGCGGGAACGCGAUGAAGAUGCGCUGGCUUACGGCAAGCUUCCGGGGCCGCCGCGGUCCCAAAGGCCCAAGUCACCGUCACCCGCCACCUAUGGAAGCUACAUAUCCGGGCCUCAGGCAAGCGAGAAGCGCUCUUCGAGGCAUGGUCGCGCUGACGGGGAUUUUUACGAACCGGCCAGUAGUAGCUCAUCCCGUCAUGGACCGCCGUACCGAGAGUCGUCGCACCGGGACGAGCCUCGUAGCUCUGGAGUCAGCUUGCUGACCGUUGAUCCUGGCGGCCGUGACAGAGACAGAUCGCGCGACCGCCGAGGAGACCAGUCCCCCGGCAGGUCCGCCAUGCUGCUCGCUCCAGAGUCAUCUGGUCGCAAGGAGAGGGAUCGCUCGAGGGAUCGCUCGAGGGAUCGCUCAAGAGAUCGCUCGCGAGACGCCAGAGACAAGAGAACCCGCGACAGGACCCCGCAGCCGCCGACGGCGCGCAUGUCCAGCCUCACCGUGGGCUCCGGCCCGUCGUCCGGCAUGUCGGCCUCGGCGGCCCCCCCCUCGCCUCUGCUCGAGUCGUACCGCGGGACGUACCAGGACUGCUCGCCGAUGCCGUCGCCGCUCCUGUUCCCCUCCAAGAACCCAAACGACGACUACCGGGCCGUCGAGGCCCUCUCCCCCCCCGCUUCCGAGGCGGACAGCGAGGGCAGGGAGCGAGGCCGCCGGGCCCGGUUCCACGACCCGGAGGACAUCGCCGCCCGGCUGGCCAAGGCCCUCAGGGGGGACCGCUCGCCCGACACGCAGCCCCUCGUCGAGAUCCUGCCGUCCCUCACCCACGAGCAGGUCAUGGAACUCCGCGCCGAGUACAAGCGCAUCGUCAAGACCGGCUCCGACCGCAAGGGCGUCAACGUGGCCAAGCACGUCCGCGCCCGGCUCAAGGACGAAGACGCCAACCUCAUGAAGGCCUGCUACGCCGUCGCCCUGGGCCGGUGGGAGAGCGAGGCCUACUGGGCCAACUUUUGGUACCAGGGCGACAAGACGCGCCGCGAGCUGCUCAUCGAGGCCCUCAUGGGCCGCACAAACGACGACAUCAGGCGCAUCAAGGACUCCUUCACCGACAAGAAGUACGACAACAGCCUGACCAAGUGCAUGAAGACGGAGCUCAAGGAGGACAAGUUCAAAAAGGCCGUGCUGACGGUCCUCGAGGAGCGCCGCAUGGACGACUGCGACCCGCACGGCCGCCCGACCCCGCUCGACUUCCGCCUGGUCGACCAGGACGUCGACGACCUGCACAAGGCCGUCAAGGCCGACAAGGGCGGCGAGAGCGCCAUGAUCGCCAUCGUGGUGAAGCGGAGCGACGCCCACCUGCGGGCCGUGCUGCAAGAGUACGAGCAUCUCCACCGCGCCAACUUUGCCAGGGAAGCCCUCAGCAAGAGCGGAAACCUAGUGGGCGAGCUGCUGGCGCAUAUCCUGAACGGCGUCAUCAACAGGCCCGUCCGCGAUGCGCUGCUCCUGCACCACGCCCUGACGGCCUCGCGCAAGGACAGCCUCCGUCGGGAGCUGCUCAUCUCGCGCCUCGUCCGCUUCCACUGGGACGUGGCGCACAUGCAGGCCGUCAAGAGGGCGUACAGGGAGCGCUACGGCGUCGACUUGUCCGAGGCUGUGAGGGAGGGCACAAGCGGCCAGUGGGGCCGGUUUUGCCGGGAGCUGUGCAUCGCGAGGAUGCCGGACGACGUGCGGAGGGUCGAGAGGGUCGAGGUUAUUCGCUAG